CGUUGGAACAGUCAAGGAAGUACGCAAGCGGUUUUCUCCUUCAUCCUAUGUGUCCAUUGUUCUGUUUACCAAUCCAUCUCUGGCACCGGGUUUUCGUUGCCUAGUUUGUGAUUUCGCUCCUUUUUUGUUUUCGUAUUCACACCCGUUGUGCCUCUUCGUCGACUACCAAUCUCUGCCAUGGGUUCCGCAGUGGAUGAAGAGCAAAAGGUCACUGAACCUCAGCCGCUUGUUACUGGCGAAGAUGCGGACCACGAUUCCGCCGCCCAGCCGGACGGGGACUCCGAAGAGAGCUUGAGUGGUUUUCGUCUGAUAUCCUGUCUUGCUGCGCUUCUCAUGUGCAACUUCGUCGUCUCUCUAGACAUGACGAUUCUGGCAACAGCCAUCCCACGCAUCGUUGAAGAGUUCAGCAGCCUCGAAGACAUCGGCUGGUAUGGAUCAUCGUUCUUCCUCACCAUCUCCGCCUUUUCCCAAUUUUGGGGCAAAGCCUACACCUACUUUUCCCUCAAGUGGGUAUUGAUGACAGCCAUUGUCAUCUUCGAAGUUGGCAGUCUCAUUUGUGGUGUUGCGAAGAACAGUCCGACACUCAUCAUCGGACGAGCAAUUACAGGAGCAGGCGGUGCCGGAAUCAGCAAUGGUUGCUACACCAUCAUCGGCGUCGUGGCCAAGCCCGAGAAGCGCCCCGCUUACACCGGCAUCUUGGCGGCCAUGUACGGCUUCGCCGCCGUCAUAGGGCCGCUGAUCGGAGGCGCCUUCACCACGAACGUGACAUGGCGAUGGUGCUUCUAUCUCAACCUGCCCAUUGGAGGCAUCGCAGCCUUCAUUCUCCUCUUCGUCGCUCGCCUCCCUUCCUCCAAGAUGGUCAAAACGACUACAAAGGAGGCGCUGCUCAACAUGGACCUUGUCGGCGCAGGACUCAUCAUGGCGGCUUUCGUGUGCUACCUGUUGCCACUCCAGCAAGGAGGCACUACCAAGUCCUGGAGGUCUCCAACCGUGAUAGGACUGCUCGUGGGGUUUGUCCUGCUCCUGGCCCUCUUCACCGUCCAUCAGCUGUGGCUGGGGGAGAGGGCCAUGAUGGUGCCCCGACUGAUGAAGCAGCGACGCAUCAUCUCGCUCGCCUUGUUCAACCUGUUCAUGGCCGGCUCUUUCUUCACCUUUGUCUACUAUCUCCCAAUCUACUUCCAAGUCAUCGGUCACUACUCGGCACUCGGGAGCGCGGUACAGAAUCUGCCCCUGAUCCUCGGGUCGACCGUCUUCGGCAUCGUGGCCGGAGUCCUCAUGGUCCCGGUCGGCCGCUUCCACAUCUUCCUGAUUUCCGGGGCUGCCCUGGUCGCCGUCGGCGGAGGGCUCACUUGCACCCUUCAGGUGGGCUUGGACACGGGCAAACACGUCGGGUACCAACUUCUCGUUGGCGUGGGUGCCGGGCUGUGUCUUCAGGUGCCGGUGAUGGUUGGCCAAGCGUUUUCGCUGCCAGCAGACGUCGCCAGCACGACGGCCAUUCUUUUGUUUUUCCAAACGAUGGGUGGCACGAUUGUGAUAUCCGCUUCCCAAAGCAUCUUCACCAACGGGCUCGUCAACGCCCUGAACGCGGCCGGCUUCCACAACACUUCCUUGGUCCUCUCGAGCGACACGUCCCAUCUCAGCAGCGUUCUCACCGCAGACGAGAUGGCUGUGGUGUUGCCGGCUUACCUGACGGGUCUCCGGAAUGCGUGGGCCAUGGCUACGGCCUGCGGCGGAGCAGCUCUGCUUUCAAGUGCUAUCGCCAAGUUUGAGAACAUCAAGAACGUGACGCCGCAGCAGAAAGACGCCGUCGCCGAGACGAAGGAGGGCAACAAGCAUUCCGGAUCGUCAACCCCUGACGAGAGUUUCGGCGAGAAAGGAACAAGCGACUGAUUGAAGGACUUCUCCUCCCAAGCCUCAGAGCGAAACAGGGAGAGUUAAGGAAUUUAGGGUUGCUUUGGUGCUCCCAUAGGUUAGGACACACUUUGAAACACGCAUUGGUGUCAAUUUCCUAAAUACAUAGAUUACUGUUAGCUUGCAUGUUUUUAUUCGUGGAACUUGGCCAGGACUUUAGACGUAGUCCCGGUAGCCAUCGACUACAGCUUGGUGGAGGAACAAACGGCUUCUCUAGCUCAACUACACCAGUCCUUGAACACAGUGGGGGGAAGAGCUCUACGCAGAAUAUUUGUGAUAUUCUAGUGGCUUGAGUACUUGGCUGAGAAGUGUUAACAAUUUCCAGAGAUAGCAUUUUGCCAUUGUGCUUUCUAUGACUGCAUCGUCGUCCUGUUUCUUAGAAAAACAUAUGCUAGUGUCUCUGUUCACAAAAAAGUACCCUCCAUAGAACAUUUCUUUCUCUCUUGAUCAUUGUCGGGGGCUUUUGACAUCCCUCAACUUCCAUGACCGAAUCUUAUGUAGGAUAACCGUAACUAC